GCGGAGGAGGCGAAAUAACAGAAAAUACCCGUACAUUAGCCCACCGGUGGUUUGAACAAGAAGGUGUUUGUAAAAUAUUCAGUAUAAUUUUUUAGGUUUCCGUAGUUUCAGUAAAUUUAUAAACUCAGUGUAUCCUGCUUCUGUUCGAGUUUCCGCAUUAUUCCGGAAGUUAGCGAACUAGCAUCCGCUAACUCGUCCUCCUCGUCGAGACAGCGACCGCCAUUACAGCUAGUUUCUUCCAAACCCUUAGAAAGAUAUUUUGUUUAACUUGUUUACUGUGCAAAAAGACGGUAAUUUAUCAUUUAACUCACAACACAUCACUAACGUGCUGAUUAUAUUCUCGAAGCAGUCGCUUUUUGUUCGCUUUGUGAGUGCGGGGUGUGUUUAGCCGGCGGGUAGUAAUGGCCGACCUCCUCACUGUGUACGAUGACGGAGAGUCCAACACGUUUAUCGACUGCACGAUUUGUGACAAAAGAAUAAGAGGGGAUACAAACUAUAAGAUCCAUCUGACCACUUUACAGCAUCUGAAGAGGGAGCGAGCCCUAGCUGAUAAGGGCCUCAUCCCAAAGCCAGUCCCACUGCCACAGUGGACCAGUAUCAAAGAGUACUUGACGUACCUGAAUCUUAAUGAGCCCAUUAUUGGGCUUAGUGCCUUGGUACAAGAUGAGGAUUUUUUCUCGAAUGAUGGCAGAGCCGUGUUGCGGUACAGGUGCAGAUUGUGUGCAGUCCAGAUGGACCUCUAUGACAUGACCACUCAUGUAGUGGGUCGCAGACACCGGCAGAAAUAUUUGGAGCGAAAUAGGCCAGACUUGGUGACAUGGGAAAAGACUUCCGAGAAGCAAGCAGGUGUUGUUGCGAGGGCCAAGGCUGCAAUGGUAGAAAAGCAAGAGGGAUGGGGAAACCCAGUGCCACUCAUCAGAUCAGAAAAAGGAAGAUCACUGAGAAAUCGAGCAUAUGAUGGAGCAGCACAUAACCGUCUGUCUGAUGCUCGAGGAAGAGCCUCUUCUGGGCAAGACAGGAGAGAGCAAAACAUCUACAAACAAUCAUAUAGAGAGGGUGAUGCUUAUGUGAGGCCAUCUCAUUAUCAUGAGGAUAACCAAUAUGACCAGUCAUCAUUUAGAGAAGAUGUCACUUACCGCUCGUCCAGUUCAGGGGAUAACCGAUAUGAUGCACCAUAUUCUCAAGAUGGUGGGCAGGGAAGGUCCUAUCGAGAGAGAGAUUACAUGGAUAGACCUUAUCGGGAAGAUGAAACGAACAUGGCGACUUUUCCAGGCGAUGGGAAUCGCGAUCGACGAUAUGCGGACAAAGAUGUUCCACAGUCUUGCCAUGAUGAAUGGUACCCAGAAACAAAUUCCAGCAGAGAGCCAUAUAAAAGUAGAGAAGGCGAUGAUUAUUAUCAUGGCAACAUUUCAGAAAACAGGUUUGGGGAGUCCGGAAUGGACUAUCAAGAGAGUAGGAGGAUGCAAGAGCCGAUGUACACGUCACAGCAUGAAACAGGAUCCAGCAUGGAUGAAAGGCAGCGGCAGAGCAGAAGCUUGUCGUAUACAGAGAAAGGAAGGGAACGUUUCCAGGAUGUGGAUGAAAGGCGUGGAUCUUAUGAGAUGGAAGGCUAUAACAAAAGAGAAAGGUACUACUCAACUGAAGAUGAUGUGCCUGCAAAAAAGAAAAGGAAGAGCAGAUUCUCUGAUGCCUCACCACUAGAGAUGGCGCUUGCACAGAAGAGCCAAAUUGAUGAAAUGAUUUUAAAAUAUAAACAGAAAGGAAGAGCAGGUCCCACAAAGAAUCAGGCCUCUGGAUACAGCAUGGAUUCAUCUGUAACUCCACGUAUGGAAAAUGUUUUGGAUGUCCUGAAUGACAUCCAGAUCGAGAAUGUGCAAGAGGCUAACUUCUUAAAGGAUAAGUUAUGCACCCUUCUUAAAGAGUUCCAGUCCAGUAAAGUUCAACGCUCUCAGGUCCAGGUUUCACAGACUUCCACAGAUUUCACAGACAGUUAUCACAGUGGUAGCAAAAUGGAGCAACGCAGAGAGAUGCCGGAAUCAAGACGUUUCGAUGACCAAGGCUUUCAGGAGCCUGCAAGAUACGAUCGUGACUUGCAGGGUCCCAGGGAAUAUUUAAAUACAAGGCAUGUUGAAGAAGAUCCAAAAAUCAUGAGGCAGAACAGAGGUCUUGAAGAGCCUGAAUACCAGUGGGAUCCUUACAGAGGUGGCUCAGCUGGCCGAUCUGAUGAACGCAUGGCUCGCCAUACAGAUGACAGAAGAGAUUACCGAGAGGGUGCUUGGAAUUCCAGACCUCUCAGAGAGGAAGAAAGGGUCUAUACUGAGGAACAUCGCUAUCAGCAUGACUAUCGUUCUGGUGGCGAUCUCUAUGACCCGUUUGAGCCUUCAUCAUCUCCACCUAUGGAAUCGACCUCCUCCACUCUUGACAAGCUUGCCUCCACACUCCUGGAACUGGUGGCACGCAAAACAAAUUAAACGCACCCUUGGAAUCAGUAUGUUAUGAAUGAUUUGUGUAGUAAUGCUUUAGAUGUUCAGUCUUGUUUGCAUUUGUUAGUUUAACCCUAGACAAGCUUUUUAAGAUGACGCUUUUUUUUUUAAGUUUAUGUAGUACUGAUGGGUGUGCGAAACGGUGGUAAUAAACGUUUUUUGUUCCUCACUUCUGGGUUCUUUUUCACUGAAAUUCACUCAAAUGUGGCAGCCAUCAACAACGUAUAACUUGGUGAGUUAUAUUUUAGGCUACAACAUAUGGGGGAAAAUGUUCUUGUCUUUUCACACACUUUUUUAGUAGUACCAUUUUUCCUCUGGCAAAUUGUUUCAAUUAUUGGCACCUUUAGAGUUUGCCACAAUAUUAAGCUUUUCCCUGUGAAGUGAUUUGUGCAUGUGGACUGUCCCGUUUACUUCAGCCGAUAGGCUUUCAGUAGGAAUGAAGGGAAAGAAUUAGUUAUUAAACCUGCAAAAUGGUGUGCCAUGGCUGAUAUUUUUGUUUAUAUUUGAGCUUAGUGUUCAGAAAUAACACGUAGUAAUUUUUUAGUCAUUCAGUGAUGUUUGCAUUUGUUAGUUUAAUCCUAGAAAAAGCUUUUUAAGAUAAGAUGAUGCCAUUUGUUCAUUUUAUGUAGUACUGAUUGGUGUGCAAAAUGGUGGUAAUAAACAGUCUUUGUUCCUCA